GAAAAUAUCUUUGAAGAUUGAGACGAUGGAUACUAAACCCCAAGGCACCACCAGGACUAACCCACCAAAUCAAGUCACCAACAUUAAAGUUGAAGCUAAACAGUCAGAAAUGCAACGUGUAAUAGUGCCCAUGCCAUUGCCGAAAAAAUCCCUAAAGCGCCACCACCAUCAGAUGUAUAACGAUAAUGGGAGACCUAAUCAAGGUACUGAAGGCAAUAGUAAUUGGAGAGAUGGACUGCAUCCAGAGACACGCCAAAUGAACAUCAACACGAUGGUUGACUCAUUAGAGAAACAUCUUCCUGAUUCUGGUCAAGAUGUAUUGCCAGAACUUCAUAUGAUUGCUCAAAGGUUUGAAAAGAAAAUUUUUAAUGCUGCAACAAGCUGGCCUGAUUAUCUACUGAAAAUAUAUUUAAAGAUGCAUUCGAUAGAGACUGGAUGCCAGUGCACCAAGGCCAACGUACCAAAUCAAGUCACCUACAUUAAAGUUGAAGCUCAGCAGUCAGACACGCAAAGUGUAAUAGUGCCCACGCCAUCCCCAAAAAUAUCCCUAAAGCGCCACCAACAUCAGAUGGAUAACGAUAAGGGGAGACGUAAUCAAGGUACUGAAGCCAAUAGUCAUUGGAGAGAUGAACUGCACCCAGAGACACGACAAAUAUAUGUCAACAAGAUAAUGGAGAUUUUAAAAAGACAUCUUCCUCUUUUUGAUCAAGAAAGAUUCCAUGAACUUCAGAAGAUUGCUCAAAGGUUUGAAGAAAAUAUUUUUAUUGCUGCAACAAGCCAGUCUGAUUAUCUAAAAAAAAUAUCUUUGAAGAUGCUUACCAAUGAGACUAAACCCCAGGGCAGCAUGGCCAACGCAUCAUGGUUCUAGGAGUAUCUAGUUUAGCUUAAGUUACUAAGACUGAAUUGUGUGCUUUUUUCACUCAAAUAAUACACAUGGACACAGAUUGCUUAAACAA